AUGAUUAAGUUUAUUACGCCGUUUAUAUCAUCACACUCUUUACCUCCAUAUGGUGACCACAAUGAACCUACUAGUUCAGCUCAUCUCAACAAUGGGAAUCUAAACAAAAAAGGAGAUGAUGAUCUCUCACAACCUCGUGGUAAUGACAAGGAACAAAAAGAUGUAAAUAGUCGUCCUUUACUGCAUAAUAUACUAGCAGGUGGUUUGGGUGGUGCAAUUGGUGAUUCGGCAAUGCAUUCUUUAGAUACUGUUAAGACCAGACAACAGGGUGCCUCAACUGUUCUAAAAUAUAAAAACAUGAUAAGUGCAUAUAAGACAAUGUUUAUAGAAGAAGGUGUCACUAGAGGUCUUUAUAGUGGUUACAGUGCUGCGAUGCUAGGUUCUUUUCCUAGUGCUGCUAUAUUUUUUGGUACAUAUGAAUAUUCUAAACGACAAAUGGUUAAUAAAUUCGGGAUCAAUGAGACUACCGCUUAUUUAGCAUCUGGUUUUUUGGGUGAUUUGGUUUCUAGUAUUGUAUAUGUCCCUUCUGAAGUAUUAAAGACAAGAUUACAAUUACAAGGUUGUUAUAAUAACAUGCAUUUUGAUUCUGGCUAUAACUAUAAAAACGUUAGAGACGCUAUAAAAACAAUCCUAAGAGUUGAAGGUUAUUCAGCGCUCUUUUUUGGGUAUAAAGCUACGUUAUCGAGGGAUUUGCCAUUUAGUGCUCUACAGUUUGCAUUUUAUGAAGAAUUUAGACGGUUGGCAUAUAAUUUAGAAGGAAAAAAUUUAAUAAUAAAUAACCAUUUAGAGCAAGACGAUUUAUCUAUAUUUAGUGAACUUAUAACUGGUGCUAGUGCUGGUGGUUUGGCUGGUAUACUGACAACACCUCUAGAUGUUGUGAAAACUAGAAUACAAACGCAGCAAUCUCUUCCAAUUACAGCUGGCACCACUAAAUUAGUAAGCGAUUCUUCCAACUCUAAUAAACAAUCGCCAUUGACUAAUUCCAUUAAUAAGAGUCUAAAAGUUAUUUACAAAACAGAAGGUGUGGUUGGUUUAUUUAGUGGUGUUGGUCCAAGAUUUAUUUGGACGAGUAUACAAAGUAGUAUAUGUUUGCUGCUAUAUCAAAUGUUAUUAAGAGGUUUAAACAAAACAAUGCACUCUGGAGAGCAACUAAACUGA